AGCGAAAACCCAGCUCUAUCCUCCACCUGUCAUAUUGUUUAGAGUAGAACUUCACCUAUGACUAUUCCUUUCUCCUCAUUUCUCUCAAGAAAAAGAAAACCAAGAAAACAAGUGUUUGUUGUAUGUUCUUCUUUUGGAGCUCUCUUAAGCUCCAAGAAUGGAACAAGAAGAUGAGGAAAAGAGGGCCCAUGAGAUUAAUAAAGAGGAGAACGAACAUGAAGAAGAUCCCAAUGGAAACGCCGACGAGAAGAUAACCAGAAAAUUCAGCUACACUUCCUUGAGUUCGGCUGACAUAAACGACGAUGACGAUGGCGGCGACGAUGACGAUGAUGACGAUGAAAAGCGGCCUGUGCUGCUGGGCCCUCCGGUGCCCCUUAAGGAGCAGCUUGAGAUGGACAAGGAUGAUGAGAGCUUAAGAAGGUGGAAGGAGCAACUUCUUGGAAGUGUUGAUUUAUCUGGUGUUGGAGAGUCUCUAAAUCCUGAUGUCCACAUUCUUGACCUGACAAUAGUAACUCCUGAUCGACCCAAUCUGAUUUUGCCAAUCCCUUUCGUCCCCGACGCAAAGGGAUAUGCUUUUGCGCUCAAAGACGGAAGUCGAUAUCGUCUCAAAUUCUCUUUCGUUGUUUCCAGCAACAUUGUGUCUGGCUUAAGAUAUACCAAUACUGUUUGGAAAACUGGGGUGAGAGUGGAAACCACCAAGGUGAUGUUGGGGACAUUUAGUCCUCAAAAGGAAUCUUACACAUAUGAAUUGGAAGAAGAAACCACCCCAUCAGGUAUGUUCGCAAGGGGAUCUUAUUCAGCUAGAACAAAGUUCGUCGACGACGACGGAAAAUGUUACCUCGACAUGAGUUACUACUUUGAGAUUAGAAAGGAUUGGCCAUCGCCAUCUUGAUCGUGAGGACAAGUUCAUGUUAAAAUGAGCAAUGUUGAUGUUUCUAUAUGAUGUUGUAUUUUUGCACUUCUUUUUUAUGCGCAAUCUUCAAAUCAUUUUAAGAUUGGGAAAUUUAGAUGAUUAGUUUGAUUUAUGCUCCCUGCGGUGAUUUAAUGAAUAGUCAUUUUGUAAUACUGUAAAUCGAGAGAUUCGUAUAGUGAAUUGUUAUUG